AUGCAGUUCAAGAUGAACUGGUAUAGAAAUUCGACGAUAAUAACGGAGCAGCCUGCUGCUGUGAAGCCGGAGAGCACCGGUAAGAAGCUAAGGCGGAAGCUCCAAAAGAUCGGUACCCAGCAGCGUUGGCAUAAAUCCAACGACAACAAUAACAACGACGACGUCAAAAAGGCCGGGAAAAUCAACAUCAACACAAAUACGAAAGCAACUACAAUCUCGAAACCUAUUCCUCAUCCCAAUCCUAGAUCAUUUUCGGAAACACCCGACCCUAAUGACGGAAAAUGGCUUGAACAACUCCGCAAAAGCGGUUAUCUCUGUCGUACACAGCCUCUCGUGGAACCAAGCAAUAAGCCUCACCGGCAUUCUAUGCAAGUGAUCCCCGAGCUUGCACAUCUCAGUCUCAGCGAAACGAAACCGGGAAGACAGCUAGAUAAGAGGGCAUCUUGCGCUAUUCCUCCUUCUACAGCCUCGUUAUCGAGACGAUACGCAAAGACGCCAGUCCACCAUAUCGGGCAAUUAGAAAACCAUUCGAGGCGAAAGAACGAACUCGCGGCUCAUAGAGUAUCAAGUGUCGAGCAGAUAGCGGAAUCGUAUAGGGCCCUAUUGGAAUCAAGCUGCGCCAUCUUAAACGAGCCGCCCUCGCCGCUGCGUCUCGAGCAAUCUUACCAUACCGGGGUGAAUAAAUAUGGUGUCCGAGAAGAUAUCAUUCAUGAAAUACCCGAUACUUCGUCUGCGACAGGUUCACCCCAUUCGGACGACGGAACACUUGUAGCUUUUGAUGAGGAUGCAGUCUCUUUCAAGCCUGCAUCAAUCUCACCCGAGCCCCCUUCACCUCGGGAUAUUCACUUACAUAGAUUGUCAAUCCCCCCACCAAGACGAGCAUCACCAGGAAGCCACAGUUUGCAGAUCUGCCUCGAUCUCCUCGGUCGCGAGUUGUGCUCGGCUGCGAACGGAUCAUCUCUCCGCCCAGCCGCAGAGACAUCAGCACUGCAGGUGUGGGUGAUGAUCGAAGCUUACGAGAGAUUGCGAGACAAGGUCUACGACAUGCGGCUAGAUCAUGACCAAGAACGGUCUUUAAGCACCAUGCUCGACACAUGGAUUGGGGCAUUAUAUUGCGUCCAUGAAAAAAUGACUGGUAAUGACGGGCAUGAGAGCGAGAGUGAUUAUGGCGAUUAA